CUUGAGUCCACAGUCCUGCUUUUUUGUUCAAAAACAUGAACAGUACGUCGGUACGUCACAUUGGCACUUCACUGUCACGGAGAGCUACCGGCAGUUGUGUGCCGGGGCUAGGAAUACCACCAGGUCGCGCGCAUCCACACGGGAUACCUGUAGACUACAAACAGUGUGCCCGAACCAUUCCAGCGUCUACCGACUUUCCACGAAGCUAGUCUUAGAUUGCAGCAAUGGAGCUAGUGAAAGCUGGUGUUAUUCAUCUCAGCUACAAUCCCAUUUCUCUAAUGUACCAACGGCAUGCCACUAUCUAAGACGCGAAACGAUUCGAAAGUCUCUCAUGCCCAGCUGUCUCACACCGACGGUACUCAUUCUGACGAGCUCAAAUGUUUGGACUUUCUCGGCUACGACUGGAUCGCAGCAAUGCUCGACAAUCAACCGACCAAAGUUCAAACCCCACAACCACAACCAGGUCUCGCCGUGCAUCCAUUGCUUACGGAAAAAGAAAACUGGCUGUCCCGUUCAGAUUUAUUUGACGAGGUGGCCAAAUUCCGCCGGAUACACUCUGAUGUGUGUGUCUCACCUGACUUCGAUGAUGCCACAUGCAAUCGGUCUCCACAACAACAGCCUCCGACGCAACCGCAUCACACGGGACAUCGAGUGUUGACUUGUGUCAAUCAACUACGACCAGUGCGUACUGCGAUCACCGAUCAGAGCAAUGGGAUGCACAUGCCUGCUGUCUAUUCGUAUUGCCUCAAUUCCCGACUAUUCCCCAUUCCAUCAGAUCCUGAAUCUGCCAGCCGUCCACCUCCAACUGAUGGACAACCGCACAUUUUGAGAGUCACCGUGCCAUUGCGUCACUUUCGUCGGCCACCGGCUUUAUUUUACCAGUUGCUGCUGAGCAGUGAGGAGGCUCGAAAGCUAGACAAUCUGCGGCCAUUAUCUGGCCUCCCCUCUGCCCCCGACCCUACUAGUGUUCUGGGUACUAUUUCGCUUAGUGCGCAUUGCCUUGUGCCAGCCGAACCGAAAAAGACUACGCGCCAAAUGAGAUCAAGAUAUGAUCGAUCGGGCUUAACAAACGUGUCUGGUCCUUUGCAUUUCCCUCCGGGAUGUUUACCCAGAUGGAUUCGGUCCCAACCCAAAACGGAGCAGGAGGCCAUUGCGCGGCUGCUUCGGACGAACAGAUCAGUGUAA